AUGCAGUUAUUGAAUUCGGCAGUCAAUUACAAUGAGAAAUCCAUCAAUGGAUGCUCUCUGCUGCUCACUCGAAGGGUCAAAGUACCUGGAAAUACUGUUCUCGCAUGUGUCGAAUGGAAUCUCAACACGAAUUUCCUGGCCAGUGGUGGCUCAGGUGGUCUACUAAAGGUGAUAAAACUAACACAAGAGGACUCGAAAGGAGUGUCAACCAUGAACAUGCCGGUGAAUCAAGCCCUGGAAGGACAUAGCGGUACGGUUCUUUGUGCAGCAUGGAAUGAGGUACACCAGAAAUUGACGACAAGUGAUUCGAAUGGUUUAAUAAUCGUAUGGAGUCUUCACAAUGAAACAUGGUACGAAGAAAUGAUCAAUAAC